UGAAACAUGGCGUAGAAACAAAGAGUCAAGUUGAUGCAGAGUGUAAUCAAUCAAUUGUGUUUGAACUCUUCAAACAUGUACUGUAAGUUUAAAUACUGGAUCAUAAUAAUUGUAUUUUCUAAGUCUAUACCGUAUGGACCCAGGUGUGAAUAUUAGUCCUUUUGACUAAUUAUAGCCACUCGUUCAAAUCAUCUCUCAAUUUUCUCUUAUGACUAGAGUGUGAGAUAGAAAUUCUGGUUUUGGGUUUUGAUUCUUCUGGGUGGAGAUUGAUAAUCCUGGGAGAAAGAGUAUGGCUGAAUCUCUUCGCAUAGAUGUUAAACAAGAUGAUGACAAUGGAAGUGAGAAGGCCGAUGGCUUCAAUCAGAAGGUUAGUAGCCUGGAAAGGAUCUUCCUAAUUGCCAACUUCAUCUUAGAGCUUCCAUCUGCUGCUUUUGAUCAGUUAUCCUCGGUGCAUAAGCCCCAGUAUGCACUACUUAGCAUGUUAAUUUCUUUCACAGUCUUGAUCAUUUCCAUUGUUGAUCUCCUUCUUAGGGGUCGAAAAGAAAGACUUACUUGGAUGAGGAGAGGGUUGAUACCUUGGUUUUAUUACCCAUAUCCAAAUUCCAAGCCUUUUGGAACAUUUCCUGACAUUAUUGGAUUAGCUUGUGCUUUUCUUCAAUGCAUUUUUGCAGCAAUAUCAUAUGCUUUUUUGUAUCAGCAUGCUGAUAGUCCCAUCAGAGUAUCAGUUUGGCCUAUAGUCUUUGCCUUCGGUCUCUUGUAUUCUAGAAUUUCAGGAAGCACUACACAGAAAAUGCCAAACCCACAUGCAAGGAAACUGAAUAGAGCCGAGGAAUUUACUCUGGCUCAGCUUGCUGCUGCAACCAAUGAUUUCUCCCUACAGAACAAGAUUGGCGUAUCACCACGUUUUUGUACCGUUUAUUUAGGGAAACUACCAGGUGGUAGUGAAGUGGCUGUCAAGAGACUGGACACAGGUCAUCAGAGGAAGAAGUCUGAGGAGGAAGACAGUGUUUUUGAAAAUGAAAUAACAUUCUUGUCAAGGCUUCACCAUAAGCAUUUGGUUAGACUUGUUGGAUACUGUGAAGAAGAGAAAGAGAUGAUUUUAGUUUAUGAGUAUCUAGAGAAUGGAUCUCUACAUGACCGUUUACAUCAGAGAAAUACUGCAAAAAUCAAUUCAUGGAAAAUGAGGCUCAAGAUUGCAUUGGAUGCUGCUAGAGGAAUUGAGUAUCUUCACAAUUAUGCAGUCCCACCAAUAAUUCAUGGAAAUAUCAAGUCUUCUAACAUCUUGCUUGACGCGAACUGGACAGCAAGAGUUUGUGAUUUUGGAAUGUCAGCGUUGAAUCCUGAAUCUGAAAGUAAUUACAAACCAAAGAAGGCAGAAGGGACAGUUGGAUACAUAGAUCCUGAGUUCUAUGGUACAAAUGUAUUAACUGCAAAAGGUGAUGUUUACAGUCUUGGUGUAGUAUUGCUAGAACUUUUGACAGGCAAGACAGAUAUGUUCAAGGAUGAAGACAAUGGAGGUGCAAUAACUAACAUAGCGGAUUUUGCAGUACCUAAAAUCUUGGCCAAUGAAUUGGCCAAGGUUUUGGACCAAAGGAUCAGCCGACCAGAGUUUGAUAAAGAAGCAGAAGCAGUGGAGUUGGUGGCAUAUACUGCACUUCAUUGUCUAAAUUUACAAGGGAAUAACAGGCCAAAUAUGACUAACGUUGUUGCCAAUUUGGAGCAAGCUUCAUCUCUGUGUGACGAUCAUACAAAGGAUCAUAGACACAGGGCAGGUACAGAACAGUUGCAUGGUGGGUCAGAGGAGAUAGAGCCAAACUCCAAUGUAAAAGAGAAAUAUCUCUCAGAAAUUUCAUUAAGGCAACAAUAACUGUCGUGCAAUGCACAUAUUGUUUCUACGUUAAGUAUUGAGGUUUAUCAUACUUCCCUAUAGCAAUUAGAAGCUUAUUUUC